AUGUGCCUUGAUGUAGUAUUUUGCAAUUCAUACGCCACGAUUCACACCCCAGUUGGCGACCAACAUGGUGCCAGACAGGAUAUCAGAGGCGCGACCAGAGAGCCAGGCAAACUUCAAGGUGGGAGGGUGCAAAGGAGUGGUGCGAGGGGCAUUAAGGUGCGUGAUAGGAAGGCGAAAGAGAAUAAGCAGAAGGGAAAGGGGACGUGUAUGAAGGAGAGGGGAGUGAGCUGGGAGGCUGUGAAGAGAAUAAAGUGA